AUGGAAACUUUCGAGUCGGAAACUGGCAGGAGAGAAUUAGAAAAUGUAGAAGAAAACAUAGAACAGGGGCAAGUAAACCAAGGGGGACCAGUGGUCUUUAAAGCAUGCAAACUUAUAAUCAACGAUGAGGAACAGCCAAAAGGUAUACUCGGAAAUCAAGAUAUAAACAUUAGAUGGAAUGGUAAAGAUAGACUGGUGAUCAAUAACAAAUCAGUUACACCAGACAAUGGAUACGAGAAUAUAAAAAUCAAGUACGACUCAAUGGGAGGAAUAACAGUGAAUAAGCAAUAUAUAAAAGGAUUCGAAGGGUUAAAAGCUACAGGCCAAACUAUUUUGAGAUUGCCAAGUAAUUAA